AUGCAGCUGCUCGUCAUGAACAAUACGCAAAGCAGCAAAGCCGCUAGAAGCUGUCAGUCUCGCCUCUUGACCGUUGAACUGCCAGUUACCUCUCCCAGCGACCUCGUGACGUGCGGCGUGACUCGCAGUUACAUGGGCGAUAAUGGUGUUGCGGUCGUUUGGGUUCAGCGCGGCGUUUCCGGGGAGGGCGAAGAGGAGGUACUGUCCCCCGGUUUUGCGCACGUGACUGUGCAACGUGAGGCGGACAACACCGGCCACAGCAAUCUCCUGCUCUACCCGGAUGAGCGAGUUGUUCAAUGCGCACCACUGUCCCGCGUCCCGAGCUCCUUCUUCCAGAGUGCCUUAGCUGGCAGCGGCAGUGCUGCCUGCGUCGUUGCGGCGCUGCCCGACGAUGCAACGCAGCGCACCAUCUCUAUCGUUGUUCUCACCGAUGGCUCCCGUGUCUGGCGCGCCGAGCUGUUCGCGGAUGGCACCACUGCCGUCAGUGGGUUUCGAGAUGAGUACCGGCGCAACAUGCUCCGGUCCUUCUGCGACGGCAACGAGGAGGUGCGGCUGCUCGACACACGCAGUGUUGUCGCCGACCUGCAGCGACUGGCGAGCCCGGCGGCGUCGAGCGCGCCAUCCUUCGCUGAUUCUGGCGCGGAGGAGGAGAGGGCUUCACCUCGCGGUUCUACGUGGAUUCGCCGGCUACUGGGUAGCGGUGGCCGCACAGGGGCGAACGCUGCCGACGACAGCGACGGGGCCGCAUCUGGCGUGCUAGACGUGGCGCUGCCUGCCGUUGUCAGGAAGAGACUUUACGCUGCUGUGACGGCUGUCCAGCAAAGCCGGUUUGUCGCGCUGACACGAUGGAACGGCCAGUUGGAGGUGUAUGACACGGCCAGCGGCACCCUGAAGUUGACCCGGGCUUACCCGAUUGGAAUACUGCCCCAGGAGAUACUUCGCCCCAUCGAUGAUAACUUCUCAGGCCUCGGGGCGAAAGCACCAGGAGGGAAGAGCGCGCUCUGCGCACUUCCGCCGGGGCCCCUCGCACAGUGGGCCAAGCAGUGCUCCACAACACAGCUGCUGCACGUCGUCUCGUGCUGUAGCGGGGGAGGGGGGCGCGCGUGCUUCUGGAGCGCACUCCCGCCCCUGGCGCCGUCGUCGAGGAUCGUCGGGCUUGAGGAAGCUAGCAACGCUGGCGAGGUUCUGGCGCAGCACUGCACGCUGAGCGUGGCGCCGCCAACGCAAUCCAGCUUUCCACUCGCGUGUGCAGUGACAUCAGACGGGCGAAAAAUGAUCCUCGUGAGCGACGUCGGCGCGGAGGAGGAUGGUCACUUGCUGUGCACCCGCACUCUCGGCGCACUGACGCUGCGUUGCGACCAGGCGUACGAGGACGGAGUGGCAACGGUGGUGCAGGUGAUGGAGGCGGCCAAUGGCGCCGCGUUUGGUGACCUGCUGCGCACGGGCCGCAUGCACGGAUAUCUCUGCCAGGGUGCGCGCAUGCAGAGCGUCGUCGCGCAGGAUAACGCGGUGCUAAUGGUGGAGCGCGGCCCGCAGACAUGCCGGCUGUACACGCUAGAGGAGGCUGCCCCGGAUGCGAUGCGGCUGGCGAACGAGCGAGUGGUGGUCAGCGUAGAUGAAGAGGACGUCUAUGCCAUGGCGCACGACAUGGAUGGCGAUGACGCCAUCGCCACGUACGUUGGCGGCGCGCUUCUGCGGUCGCAUCGCGUGCACUAUGUACCCCUGUUCGAGGCAUCGUUGCUCCUGCUGGGCGCUGCUGUGCCGUCCACUACACACGACACGGAUGGGCUUGCUCUCUACUGGGAAGGCAUCAGCGUUCUUCAAGCGUGCCCGCAUGGAUCGCGGCUCAUGUCGGAUCUACUGCAGGAUGUUAUUCUCGCCACUACCCCCAUAGCACGGCUCUCCUCGCUGCCACGCUUUCUAAGUGAGGCACACCUUAGCGGGUACGCAGCGGCGCUGCAGCGCGACGCGGCUGCAACGAAAGCCUCUGUGCGCGCAGCCAUUCGUAUGGCGCUGCUGCCGCCUUCGACGGCUGCAGCUGGCGAGACGGCACACGCGUUUUACCGCUUCAGCCGCCUCUACGCAACGCACGCUACCCUCGGCGAGCUGCUCUCUCGGAUCACCUUUCUCACAACCACGUAUCUGGGCUGGCAGAGCACCUACUCCGUCUCGCACGCGCUGUCCUCGACUGGCGAGGAUGACGCCGCACUGAGCACGGCGGAUUGGGUGUCGCACCGGCUCAUUACAGCCCUGGAGGUGCUGGUGGCCGCUUACCAUGCUGUGCCCGCCGCCGGUGCCGAUCUUGUUCAGCUUGACCUUGUCGACGAUAGCGUCAGUCAGCCAUUUUCCAGCGCCAUCGUGGCGGCAUUGCUGCCAACCCUGACCGAUACAGCGGGUUGCGACGACGAUUCUGUUGCCUGUGGCUGGGGGUUCAGCACGCUCUCCAUGAUACAGGUGGCGAACCGUCUGCUCCGCUGCGGCACUCCCUCCACGGCGCGCGCGUGUGCAGUGUGGGUGAAGCAGCUUGCCCACCGAUUCCCUCUCCUGCAGCACUACCAGCUGCUGUCGCUGCUGGAGACAACUGCGAUUUCUACGCAGUCCGAGCGUGCGGUCGCGCUUUGCGAGCGUGUGUGUCAAGCACUGGCUAGAGAGGCGCCAGGCGACGUCACGACAGCGCUUUUGCUGGAAGGCUUGCUGCUCACGGACAUCUCCGGCCCCGGCUCCGCGUUCCUUCAGCUCUCCCUCGACGAGGUAGCCGCGUUCCUUGCGGCCGACCCAACUCUGGGGCCGAAGCUCUACGCCGUCGGUGUGCUGCGUCGCACCAUCACGGUCAGAUCGCUGCAGACGCCUAUGAGCCACUGUGUCACUCACAGGUAUCUGUACACCACCCUCGCGAUGUGCGUCGAGGCGGUGGAGCGGAUGCACAGGUGCACUUCCGUCACUGCGCCUACGCCGACGCAAGCCCCCUUUUCACAGCUGCGCCGUGCUCUGGAGGAGCUGCAGGUGGAUGCACUGCUGGCGAGCGCUUUCGCAAGGGUGUCGGGGGGUGAUGUUGCGUGCGGCUUCCAUGAUAUACAGACGGCGCUUGACCUUAUAACACGCCACAAAUGCCUACCGUCAUACGCAGAGCUGUUGCAGGUGAUUCUCGGCCACGUUGUCGAAGUAGCAUGUGCGUCGCAGGCGAACAUGAAUGCGCUGCUGCGCGCCACCACGAUUGGUGCGGCGCAGCUCGAGGAGUCGCUGAUUCUGCAGUGGUACAACUACAUUGCGCGCCUGCCGACCAAGAGCGCUACGGAGGUGACCGAGGCGCUGCGAUACCGUGCCAUCAUGGGUUUGCAUCGCUAUUUGAUGAACCGCCACGACUAUGCCCAGUGCGCACGGCUCAUGUCGAGCCUGGCCACGCUCAUCCGCUGCUCGCCGCUGCGCCGCAGCGCGUCCGCCGGGAUCUCGGUGAGCGAGCUGGCCGGGCUUGCGCUGCAUGCGGCGGAAAUGAUUGCACCCUCUGCGCCUGUACCAGAGACGGCAGCUGGAGAGCAAGGUGAGACCGGUCAGGCUGCUCCCCAAGGCACGCUUCACGACCCGGCGCUUAUGGUGGGCUCGCCGCUAUCGCUAGGGUACUCAUGGCAGCCGUCGACCUCGGCAUCCCCAGCUCCUUUUGACCUUCAUUCAUCCACUCUCGGUGCGACGGCGCGUGGCCCUCGCUGGCUGACGCGCGCUGACAUACCCUGCUUGCGCCGCCGCUUGUAUCAGGCCCACUGCGAGCGCCAGCUGUGGCGUCGUGGCUGCACGCUGGACUGCACGGACCUGUGGGUCGAGGGUGCUCCGGCGGACGCCUACCAGGCUGGCGUGGAGAAGCUUGUGGCCGCGCUCAUGCAGGCGCGCCUUUGGCCACAGGCUUUUCGCUUCGCAUGUCUGUCAGCUGUGUACGACCCCUGCGCGGUGCUGGUCGAGUGGGCGGUGGACCUGCUGCGCGCUCCGCGAGAGUGCGGCAGCGAUGAAGUCGCUGCGGCUGAGGCCGCGCACGCUGACCUAACCGCGGCGUGGGCGGAGCUCAUCGGCUACUGCGGGGAAAUCUCCAACCUCGAGAACCAGUUCUACGCGUAUGUGCACACCAUCACCGCAGCGUUGACGUGCGCCUACUCGCAAGUGCCAACAGCGCUGCUUGCGGCUCAUCGGGCGGCUGACGCCUACACUGCCAUGACGACGCUGUUCCAUGUCGCGCUGAUGCUGCGCAGGCAGGCGGAAGCGGUUGAACUGGGGCAGCAGCGCAACGAGGAGGACGGAGGCGACAAAGAGGAUGCAGAUGAGCUGUCGUCGUCUUCCUCGAACCGCGAGGCUGGGGUCACUGCUGCCGACCGCGACACAGAGAAGCGAGGCGAGAUGUCCCUAGAGGACAUACGUUGCAACGUGUGGCGGGCCUGGUGCGCGGCGGCUCGAAUUGGCAUUGAUAUGGUCGCUGAGCGUCAGCCGCGCUGCGCUGCUGCUCCUGAUCUGUACCAGCGUACUGCCGGCGCAAUGACGGGUGCCGGCGAAGUCAUGGCGGAGGAGGAUGCGGCCCAGAUGAAUGUCGGGGUGGUUGUAGCCGGAACCGUGUCGGCUGCUUCUUCGGCCGCGCGCAGGACGUUUUCUGCUUUCACGGCUGGCGCGCUGGAUCCGAUGGCGGUGUGGGCGAGCGAGCUGCUGAGAAUUCCAGCCUAUCGUGCCGCCCUCAACCUGGUCGCGCGCGGCGAGGAGACGGUGCGUCAGUUCCAGGACCUCAUGGGGCGACCUUGUAGCUGA